AUCAGAAAAUGGGAAGAGCUGCUGCAUUGGUUGUCAAAAGUCAGAAGUUCAAGAUGUUGAUUUCAGGACUUCACCAGCUGAUCGACUGGCUGGUCACUGACAGCAAAAAGACGCACUGACUGAUUCAGUGCAAACUGUUUGUAUCACUCACACAAGUAGAGCGCUAUUGUAAAUUAUUUAUGAAUAUAUCGUACAGAGGAAGUGCAUCAAGAGGAGGGAUGGCAUUUUAGACCUUGAAUUGCUCUGUGAUUCAUGCUCAGCCCUAUUGUCAAAACACCAAAAGGUUUCACUGCUUUAUAUCUAAAACAUGUUCAACAAGAUUGUUCAUUCAUGCUGCGCUGCGCUUGCGACUGUGACUUCAAACACACACACUUGACUUUUCUUUCAUUUCUCUGAGUGCUUUAGCGUUAAGACAUUUUGUGUUUUUGUUUUUUCGUGAGUUCAUUCAUGAGUUGAGGCUCUGGUCACAUGAGGUAAUCAUUACAACUGAAUGGAAUGAAGGAUUCCUUGAGUUUAGUCAACCGGUGUGCUCUCAAAAAGACUCUGGACCAAUGACUCAGACAGAUUCCAAUGCUAAUAAACUUCCAAGAUGUAAGCCACCUGUACCCAAGAAGCCAUCAAUCAGCCAAAAACCAGGCAACCUUUCGCGGUCACCGAGUGCCUCAGCCAAUCAAGAUACUAAUCCACAGAAAGUUCCACCUCCUCUUCCUAACACUCCUCCUAACUGUGGUUUGAGAAAAGCAAAAAGUCCACCCAAUGGCUGCACAGACCCCAGCACUUCACAGCACUUAUCCAGCAACAACCAUGCCCCACCAAAUGACAACAGCAUAUCAAGUACCCCACAAACCACCAUAAAUGGGUCUAUUGACCAAUCAAAUUCAUUCUCACAGAAUAUUGACCAAUCACAUCUAACCAACAGCACUUGUCAUUUGAAUCAAAAUACUACUGCAUCGAAUGAGGAUUUAACAAGUUUUUCCAAAACCCAAAAUUAUACAAUAUCUCCUAAACCCAGGCUACCAAGAACUUCUUCCAAUCCAAGCAUGAAUCGAAACCACAGUGCCAAAUCAUCCAAUUCUAACUCUCCCAAUGUAGUCAAAAAAUCUAAGCCUUGCAUCUCAAAAAGCACAUUCUAUGAUGAUGAAACAGAUUCAGUUGACACGCAGGUAGGACAGAGUUGUUUUUAUAUAGCUUCAGAGGCUUUAUCCUGCAUUGGCUCUUCGUCAAAACAGUUGUUGAACCAGGAUUGUGGGCCAGGAGCAAGUUCUGUCGGCAAUAGCAACUCGGAGAUAUCAACGCACCCUCAGUCACGUUUAUCUGAGGAGGGAAAUUCUAGUACAAAGUCUACAAAAAAAGUUGUCAAAAUCCCGCCAAAAGUGCCACCUAAGGUCAGUCCGAAGAGGGUGGGAAGUCAAAAGGACAUUUCUGCUGCUGUUGAUUCUCAGCCAAAAUUCGUAUUAAAUUCAGAGAUUUCAUCACGUAGUGUAGAUUCUGGGGCAAAGGAUAAUUUGACAUUGACUUCAGGGAAAGGCAGUGAAUGUGAUCUCGCUUUGAAGGUUGAAGUUGAAACUUCAUUACAAGCUGUUCAUGGAAAUUCUGAAAAUGCCAAAUUACAGACAAGGCCUAGAAAUCUCUGUGGUGAUAAGACUCCUUCUCCUAGACCUCGGCCUCAACCAAAACCUCGGAAACGACUCACUCCUAGUCCGAGGAAGAGAAGUGAAACAUCGGAAGAGGAAGGUAAAAGUGGUGCUAGUGACUCGAAAGAAAUUUCUAGUGAGAAAGGAACCGAGAGUUCAUUACCAGUGGUGGAUGAAGUUAAAGACUCCACUAAAGGUGAUGUGGAGAAAUCGAGAGAUGGUGUCAGUGGAAAAGUGGAGCAAAAGGUACCCAUAGAAUUCACAGAAGAAGUGAAAGACUCUGGCAAGCAAAGCUUAGAAUCAGAGGAAGAAAAUCAACAGAAAUGUGCUAACAAAACCGAAAAAGAUUCGGAGAUAAUAACUUCCAAGGAAGAUGAGAUGGACCAAAACAAUAUUGUAUGUGAUACUAAAAACUUCAAAGAAAUAGAUGAGGGUGAAUGUUCUCAAGGCAAUACGAAGCCAGGUUUAGAUUUAACAAAAAUAGCUUCACAAGUUACUGGUGAUGUUCUUUCUGAUGAAAGUGCGUCACAGAAAUUGCUUUCUCCUAUUGCAGAGGAUAAAACUAUCGUUGUUAAAGAUGUGGAGAAAGAUUCACGGAAAGUAGUGGAUGUCUUGAGCGAGGAAGACAUCCCAGAGACUUCGUCACUUUUAGAUGAAAUUGAAAAAAUUGUUACGAAGAGGAUGAGUAGCUUAGAAAGUUCAUCACAAGACAUAGCAGAUGUGAAAAACUCAGAAUUACCGGUCAGACCACCUCGUCCGAAACGUGAAUCUAGGAGAAAAUCAUCCAUUGGAGAGGUUCCCUUUGAUUAUUCAAAUUCUAAUCAGGUUGGUUCUGAAUCCAUUGAUUCAUCUGCGGGUGAUAUGGCAGCUCCCCCUAGUGGUAAAAAGAUGCAACCUCCAAAACCCAAGAGACACAAAAUUAACAAAAACAUUAUUUCUAGAAGUCAGUCGGAUGUUUCCGGAGUCCGUCCACAUGGUUUGGAGGUGUGCAAUAGUGUUGAUAACAGCGAGGAUGAAUUAGAAAAGAACAACCCUGUUUUACCACCUAGAAAAACUCAUGGCAAGAGUGGUGGGAAGGGCAGAAGUUUGACUGUGGAUUUCUGUGUCCCAGCCAACCAGCAUGCUCUUCUGAGGGAGAUCGCUCUGGCAGAUCACAGAAGAGACUUAGAAACCUCGUCAAGUCCAGAAAGUCAGAAGUCCUCUCAGAGCACAGAGAGCACCGACACAAGUUUGCAAAGCACAAAACGUCACCUCCGUCCUUCAAGGAAAGCACCACCACCUCCACCUUCAUCAAGUCCCACCCCUACUUCCACAAAAACUGACACUAAAAAUUCUUUGGAGGAUAUUUCUCAUCCACAAAGAACUUCAGCUAACUUUGCUCACCAAAGUUCUUUUUCCGCCCCCACUCUCAGUGAUGAAGAUUCAGGUAGUAUUGACACUCAUGAAUACCAUUACAUCCCCGAGGAUUUGAUCAAUCCACCGUCAGACUCCACUCUCCACAAAGAAAAAUCGCCUUCUCCACCCGAUCUUCCGCCGCGCACUUACAGCACAAAUCUCUCUACAUCAACAUCUGUGAUUGGUCAUGAGGGUUUGAGUGACAGUUGUUUGCUAGACAAAGACCGCCCUGUGAGUGUUGUCAGUGUGUUUAGUAGCCAAUCGGAAAGUGGAUCAUUUGGUCAUGGCAGUCCAGAAAAUGAUGAAUUGAGUUCAGAUGAUUCAGAGAUUGAAAAUGAAAAAGACAAGGUUGCCAGAAAGCGGGCCAAAAAAGUGUUUUGCAUCGCCAAGGAGAUCUGUUCUUCAGAGGAAGUUUUUGUUGAUGUUCUGACACUGUUGAAUGUGGAUUUUCGAGUAUUCGUUUCUCAGGCCACAGAAGCCAGUGGCAAACCUGUAAUUCCCAAUGAAGUUCUGAACAAAAUCCUGAAUUACCUGCCUCAGUUACAGAACCUGAAUGAGGAACUACUGAAAGACUUACAGACGAGGGUCGCUCAGUGGGAAGAGUUUCCGCAGGUUGCAGAUAUUUUCAUUAAAAAGGGACCAUUCCUCAAGCUGUACACUUCCUAUAUUAAGGACUUUUCCGAGGCCAACGAAAUCCUGGACGAAGCCUGUAAACGACACCCUUCAUUUCUCACAGCAAUCAAACAGUUCGAGAGGAGUCCAAGAUGUGCUAAUUUAGCCCUGAAACACUACAUGCUGAAACCCAUACAGAGAAUUCCCCAGUAUAAACUGCUGUUACAAGAUUACCGCAAGCACUUGACCACGGAGUCACCAGAUUACAGCAAUACUCUAGCUGCCCUGAAAAUUGUGUCUGAUGUAGCAGACCAUGCCAAUGAGAGCAUGAGACAAGGGGAUCAUGUUCAGAAGAUGUUAGAGAUUCAGAAAUCUGUGGAAGGCAAUUACGAAGUCAUCAAGCCAGGCAGGACAUUUCUGAAAGAAGGAGAACUCAUGAAACUGUCUAGAAAAGAAAUGCAGCCCAGGAUGUUCUUUUUGUUUAAUGAUGUCCUUUUGUACACCACACCCAUAGCAACGGGAGGCUACAGGUUUAACAAUGCCCUCACCCUGGUCGGAAUGAAAGUCAGCAAGCCGAAGAGAGAUGACCUGAAGACUGAGUUCAACAUCAUCAGCAUACAGCGUUCUUUUAUGGUGGUUUCUAAGAGUCAGGCAGACAGAGACAGCUGGGUGGACAAGUUACAGAGAGCCAUUGACGAUCAGGCCCACCGCAGGAACACGUUCGAGAACGGCAAAACUGGAGGACAGUCUUUCUACGACAUCUACGAUGUGAACUAUGAACUAGGCUCCAAGGCUCCGAUAUGGAUUCCAGACACCAGGGUCACCAUGUGUAUGAUUUGUACGUCAGAAUUCUCUGUCACCUGGAGACGUCAUCAUUGUAGAGCCUGUGGAAGGGUUGUAUGCUCUAGCUGCUCUGAUAACCGUGCCCCCUUGGAGUACCUCAGGAAUAAAUCUGUCAGAGUGUGUAAUGAAUGUUUCCAGAAACUCAAAGAAGCUGUAGAGGAGAAAGAGAAGCAUCAUGGGAUAGAUGAUAAAUUUACGCAGGGUCAGGACGGGGCAUUCCUCAGUUUGGGAAAUUUGAAGGAGAGGUUUCGUCAGAUUCGACGCAGUGCUAGAUUCACUCAUCAACCCACAACCAGGAGGCCAAGUAGGCUGAAAAUCCAUGCCAGUGACCCAGAUGCCACCAUAAGCGGUUAUCUAUUCAAGUGGCAUAAGGACAAAAAGUGGAAAAAGUUCUGGUUCCUGAUGAAAGACAAUGUUCUCUACACAUUCAAGGCUUCAGAGGACGUGAAUGCGACAGAUAGUGUGUCAGUGGUAGGGUAUGACAUUGGCGAAUAUUCAAAGGCAUACCAUAUUUUGACACUCAGGAAAGAGGUGUUUGAGGGUGUGCCAGCUAACCUUCUGUUCGACAUGAAGCACAAGAACCAACCACCCAUAAUCUUCCACUCAGAGGACGAGGCCACAUCACAAAGGUGGUUAAGAGCAAUGGAGGAGGCCUCCCAGCUGAAGACCUGACGCAGUACAGGAAGGGGAAACAACUCAGCACACGUUGUGAUUCUAAUGAUCUCAUGCCACAACAUGCCUCUCAGCCAACCUCGUGGGCAAUUAUCAGGGAAGAGUAGAUCUGGUUAGGAAAAUUUCAUUCAGAAAGAGUUGGCCUUGGUUCAGCCUUGGUUCUGUCCGAAAUACCGAUCCGAUGCAGGAAGUGGAAACAUCUCAUUCAUAAUUCAAACGACUGUGUCUUCAUCAAUUCAUAGAUAAAUCCAGCGUUGCCAAAAUGUCUCUCUACAGUGCUGCUUUUAAAAUUCCCAUCGGCUUCAGUUAUGCUUAGCUGUAGGCUUUGAUCAUGAGUUGGUGCAAUUAUAUUUUUUCGUAAGGAAUUGUUUAUGACCAAAUGCUGCUGUGAGACAUAUAGGUAAAUAUUAAAUCAAUCUUAAUGAAAUCAUGAAGUUCUGUAAAACAGUUUCUUUGGAAUAUUUGUUCAGUAGGAAUGAAAGUUGUUUCAAAAUUAUUUGUAAAACUGCUGGGUUGAAAUAUGUUGCAUUGAAAUGAUGAAUAUUGAUAAGGGGGUCAUUGUACAAUGGAACAUUUUUCCAGCUGUAACUUACAACUCGUGUUUUGGGAUAGUGCCAUAUAGUUCUACAAUUAAAUUAUAUUUUAUCAUGUUGUUAUAUUUAUUGAGUAUUAUAGAGGAUAUUCUGGUAGUUAGUGAAUUAAUUAUUUGAAUAGAAGAGUUUCAAGAAACUUAUUUGUGAUAUCAAAAUUAGAUUCUGCUUCUUUGAUUCAGUUGGAAUUUAUUUCUAAAAUUGCUAUUUUCAUAGUUUGCAUUGUCAAUUUUUCUUUAUAUUGAUUUGUUUUUUGAGACAUUUUCUGAUACAUAAAACUGAAUGGAAUGUCGCUAAGUGGGUUGAUGCAAUGCCAUGUUGAUGUAAUUUCUCAAACUGUGGGUCUAUGUUUGUACCACAGAAGUUCCAUUGAUAUGUAUUAAAUUCAAUGUAUUUUUCUGAAAACUACAAAUAAGUAAGUUAGUAAAUUAUUCAAUCCUUCCCACACACACAAUCUGUGAUCUUUACACACAAGUAAAAAGUUUACUAUGUUUAGAAAGAUUUAGAAACAAUGUCAUAUGCAGUAUAUUACCCAGCCUGUUUAUUGAUAUUUAAGAAAUAAAUUUCAUUUUUGAAAAUACGUGAGGGCAUGUAGUGCGACUUUUCCUGCCAGUAAACUUCAUUAAGCGUGUUGGCGCUUCAUGAAGUAUGUGGGUGUGAAGUGUUUCAGUUAAUACCCUCAUGUAUUUUCAAAAACGAAAUUUAUUUUUUAUAUUUAUAUUCAUUUCUGUCAGAAUCCCCAGCUGUUUAAGUAGACGUACUAUAUUCAUCAACAUACCCACAUUGUUCACAACUACAUGUACAGUGCGUCACAUUCACCAGGAAAUGGUUUUCAUUACAAUUGGUAAAGAUAUUGAAAGCAAAAACAUUAGAAAUGUACAUAUAUUAAGCAUGAGGGUUGAUAUAUGUACACUUAAGUCGUGUAGGUAUGCACCUUAGUGUGUUCUUCGUUACCAUAGUGAUGACCUUUAUUGUCAGAGUAAAUCCUGAGAUAAUGUUCUUGGGGUUUUUUUCCACUAAACUUGUAAUGGUUGUGUGUUGAUGUACAGAUGAAAUCUCUGUUUCCCAUUAAUUCAUGUUACGUGUGUCAGAUGAAAUAUUGUGCAAUAUGAAAUUAUAGUCAUAUAUUUGAUUGUUAAGCUAUAUCAUAUAUUGUUUUCAGUAGUUGUUUUGUACAUUUUUAUAGACAUAUUUAUGCUGGUAUUUCUUGAUUUUACGAAAAUCAUGUCAAACAUGUAUACUUUUCAGUAGUCAUCAGCCAUGAACACCCACCUACCCCCAUAUUAAAUUUUUAUCAGGUGUGUACUUAAUGUAAUAUUGAAUAGCAUUAAUUAUAAAAAAAUUACCAAUUCAUUUGCAUUCAUCAGAAUUUUCUAAUGUAUUUAUUUUUAUAACAUUUAAUAUAUUUUCAGUAUCAAUUUACUCUCAGUAUGGAAGAAAACUUCUAUCACAUGUAAAUUAGAAUGCGUUUAAAGUAAAAAUAUUUCAUAAUCGGUACAUUUCCUCAUAAAAAAUAAUUUCAAAGUUUGAAGAAAUAAUCGGAGUUUAAAACAUUGUGAAAUUAACAAGGAAAUAGAAAAUGAUGGUUUUGACUGAAGGGUUUUACAUGUUUAAAGUACUAUCUACAUAUCAAGGUCAACAGUUCAAUAGUACAGGUACAGCAAAAAUGAUUUAACACAUAUUUAUCGACAAAUAUUUUAUACAAUAAAUGCUACAGUUUAAAACACCCGGUAUGAUAUAUAUUUUGUUAAAAUUAAUUUUCAUUAUACGUUUAAAAUGAAAUGAACUUGUAUAAACAUGUACAACAUUUUCCUAUGAAUUAUGUAUAUUUAAAUUAAUUCAUUUUUUAUAGGUUACAUGGAAUUCCCUCCCCUUAGAACUGGCAUUGAAUGUAUUAAUAAGAUAUUAGAGCUGAAUUCAGUAUUCAUUACAAAUUCUCAAAAGGCCUCUUAAUUAUUAACAUGUAUGUCUUUGAUGCACAAAUUGAAGUUUGUUUUUUUUUGUUUUGAUUUUUCAAUUUUAAGUUUAGAUUCACAUGUAUGUUUUGAGCAAUAUCGUGUAGUCUAACUUGUAUUGAUUUAUACUCCAUAUUCAUUUUAGUUCCCCGUUAUUUCCUCCGACAGUUGAUCAGUUUGUUGAGGUUUUUGUUACAGUACUGUUUACGAUACACGAAUACAACUCAAAUUUUUAAGGAUGUAUGGUAUGUUUUUGUACCUAAAUAUUUUAUCAUGAAUGAAACCAAUUUAUUCAUGUGUUGUAAGCAAUAAACAUGAAAUAUA